ACAAAACAUUGAUUGGUUUAGGUAACACCUAAUCUCUUGCUUCCUGGUUAGAGCCCCGUCCAAAACGCAACCACAGUGGAAGAAAGCCACGCAAUCACGCACCCUUUUUCUCCAGAUUCUAGAGACUACAUACAUAUUCAAAACUCCACUCUCACCACCAUCAUCAACCUCCAAUUCCAAUUCCAAUUCCCAAUCCCUCUCUCCGAUAAAUCCAUCUCCGAUCAUCUUCUCCUUCUGCAUCGAAACCCGAGCCACGAUGGUGUCCGAGGCCAGCAAGAAAAAGGCUGCACAAAAGAAGGUCGCCGCCGCCGCUAAAAGAGGCGGCAAGGCUGCUGCUGCCGCCGUAGCCCGCGCAGUUUCUGCCAAAGCUGCAGACAAAGUCGCCGACGCAGUCGCCGAUAUUCACAUAUCAGAUCGCACAUGCACCGGCGUCCUCUGCUCCCACCCUCUCUCCAGAGAUAUUAGGAUAGAGUCUCUAUCAGUCACCUUCCAUGGUCAUGAUCUUAUAGUUGAUUCUGAAUUGGAGCUGAAUUAUGGAAGGCGUUAUGGUUUACUUGGAUUAAAUGGUUGUGGGAAGUCUACUCUGCUUACUGCGAUAGGUUGUCGAGAACUUCCAAUUCCUGAGCACAUGGAUAUUUAUCACCUUACCAGGGAAAUUGAAGCUUCUGAUAUGUCUGCUUUGGAAGCUGUCAUAAGCUGUGAUGAGGAAAGGUUGAGAUUGGAGAAAGAAGCUGAAGUUUUGGCGGCACAGGAAGAUGGAGGUGGUGAAAACCUUGAACGUGUUUAUGAACGAUUGGAAGCUCUAGAUGCAGCAACUGCAGAAAAGCGUGCUGCUGAAAUCUUACAUGGUCUUGGUUUCAACAAGGAGAUGCAGGCAAAGAAGACACGUGAUUUUUCUGGUGGCUGGAGAAUGAGGAUUGCAUUGUCACGAGCUUUAUUUAUCAACCCAACCAUUCUUCUACUUGAUGAACCAACUAAUCAUCUUGAUUUGGAAGCUUGUGUGUGGCUGGAGGAGAACUUGAAGAAGUUUGACCGUAUUCUGGUUGUGAUUUCACACUCUCAGGACUUCCUUAAUGGUGUAUGCACUAAUAUUAUCCACAUGCAAAACAAAAAGCUGAAGUUCUACAGUGGUAACUACGAUCAAUAUGUUCAGACACGUACUGAGUUGGAAGAGAAUCAGAUGAAGCAGUACAGGUGGGAGCAAGAGCAGAUUGCCUCAAUGAAGGAAUAUAUUGCCCGAUUUGGUCAUGGUUCAGCAAAACUAGCUCGCCAGGCACAGAGUAAAGAGAAAACACUGGCAAAAAUGGAACGAGGUGGACUUACAGAAAAGGUGGUCAAAGACAGAGUUUUGGUGUUCCGUUUUACUGAUGUGGGAAAACUUCCCCCUCCUGUUCUGCAGUUUGUUCAGGUGACUUUUGGUUACUCUCCUGACAAUCUCAUCUACAAAAACAUUGACUUUGGGGUCGACUUAGACUCUAGGGUUGCACUGGUUGGACCCAAUGGUGCUGGAAAGAGUACACUGCUGAAGUUAAUGACAGGUGAUUUGAUUCCUAAUGAUGGCAUGGUCCGGCGCCAUAAUCAUCUUCGAAUUGCACAAUUUCACCAGCACUUGGCUGAGAAGCUAGACUUGGAGUUGUCUGCUCUCCAGUUUAUGAUGAAAGAAUACCCUGGAAAUGAGGAAGAGAGAAUGAGGGCAGCUAUUGGGAGGUUUGGGCUGUCAGGUAAAGCCCAGGUGAUGCCCAUGAAGAACUUGUCAGAUGGGCAAAGGAGUCGAGUGAUAUUCGCGUGGCUAGCUUGGAGGCAGCCUCAUCUGCUACUUCUGGAUGAGCCAACUAAUCAUUUGGAUAUCGAGACAAUCGACUCAUUGGCUGAGGCAUUGAAUGAAUGGGACGGUGGCAUGGUGCUUGUUAGCCAUGAUUUUAGGCUCAUAAACCAGGUGGCCCAUGAGAUAUGGGUGUGUGCUGAUCAAACUGUGACCCGCUGGGACGGUGACAUUAUGGCUUUCAAGGAGCAUCUAAGGUCAAAGGCAGGUUUAUCUGACUGAAGCUGAUUGGGGCUUAUGCAGAUAAUGUGACAUUGGCUUUGUCCUAUAUAUCUUAGAACUUAUUGGGGAGUGCUGCCAUUUUGAGUUGGAUUUCUCUCAACCGUGAUGAUUGUUCAGUUCAAUUGCAGGAUUGGUGCAGACAGAUAAGCUACCAGCUAGUUAUGAUGUUUGUUAAGCCGAGAGAUCUUUUUGACACGCAGACCUGUUAGACUGGCAAAGACUUUCUCUUGAUUAUCAGUUAUUGUGCCUAUCAUUUGAUUGCUUGGUUGUUGACCAGCAUGAUGGAUAAAAUGGGACAUCAAUCACCUUCUGGUAGAGGUGAUCCCUAUCUCAAAUCUAUGAUCAGACUUGAUCUAUAAUGAUGUAUUAAUGAUAUAUUGUACUGAGAAUAUUAUGUUUGUGGUAUUAGUAUUUAGUAGCAACUAUAAGUUUCUUCA